CCCGACGCUUGCUCUGUCCGAGCAGUGACCAUGGUAACCCAACAUAUGACGCUCGUUAUGUGCGAACGGUGACUUAGGUCACUCGCGACUCUUCAUGAGCAGAAUAUAUAUGUUAUCUCCAUGUACGCUUGUCUCGGCUCGCUCAGACGUUCGGAAUAUUUUCACUAUAAUGAAGAGGAAUUGCAAAAGAAGGAAAGGAAACUGUUACUCCAUCGAAAAUGAGAGCAAUGAGAUAUAUGACAAAUCUUCGGACUUCGAUAGCGAUAGUGCAGUCAAUAAUAUUUAUACUAGAAAGAAGCCAAUUCGUCGGAUAAAAGUACUUAGCACGUCAGCAUCAGAAGAUGAUAAUAUUGAAGAUGCUUUGCCAUUAACUUCAUUCCAUAAUAUCCAAUGGACUACGAAGAAUGCUGAAUUAACAUUUUAUAAUUUUGAUCUUUCCAAUUCCGGACUUCAGACAGAAAACUUACAAUUUUCCUCUACAAUAUUACGUUAUUUUGAAUCAUUCUUUUCACCUGAUCUUGUAGGCUUUAUUGUAGAUAAGACAAAUGAGUAUUGGGCACGUAUAGUAAGUGAUAAGACGUGUCAUGUCAAAAUUGGAUCAACUGUUGACGAACUAUACUGUUUUCUCGCUUGUACCUUACUAAUGUCACGAAAUAAAAAAUUAGCGCUUCGUGAAUAUUGGUCCAAGGAUAAACUUUUAAAAUCUGAUAUUUUUAGCGAAAUUAUGUGUAGAGAUAGAUAUUUAGUUUUAUUGAAAAUGUUGCAUUUUAGUGAUGAUAAUCAAAAUUCUUGUGAUCGGUUGCAAAAAAUUAGUAGCGUUUCAAGCAGACUUCAAAAAUCGUUCAAAGAUUUGUUUUAUCCAUUUCAAAAUUUAUGUAUACAUGAAAGUCUAUUAGUGUACAAAGGUAGGCUAUCUUUUAAACAGUAUAUACCGGCCAAGAGAAGCCGAUUUGGCAUCGAAUCAUAUGUAUUAUGUGAUUGUAAAACUGGCUAUGUACUAGAUAUCGUAUAUACGGGCAGUGAAUCACACGUGACAGAGAACAUGGAAAACAUUGGCAAAACAGGAAACAUCGUUUUAACACUUUUGAAACCGUACUUGGGAAAAGGUCAUUCACUGUAUGUUGAUAAUUAUUAUAGCAGUCCCGCUCUUUUUAAUUUAUUACAUACAAAUGUAACGAAUUCUUGUGGAACUGUAAAGCGAAGACGAAAAGGAAUGCCUCUAAUGAACAGAAAAUUAGAAAAAGGCGAGGUUGAUUUUCGGACAUCAAGUAAUUUGCUGGCCCUUAAAUGGCGAGAUAAAAGGGACGUACUUAUGUUAUCUACUUUCCAUACUAGCGAAUUUAUAUCUACAGGAAAAAGAAAUUAUAGGACGCAAGAAAUCGUAUAUAAACCUAAAUGUGUAGUCGAUUAUAAUUUGUCAAUGGGAGCUGUCGACAAAUGUGAUAUGGUCAUAAGUUCUAUUAAAUCCGUUAGAAAAUCUAUAAAAUGGUACAAGAAAUACUUUUUUCAUUUGCUAGAUAUUGCCGUUUGGAAUUCUUAUUGUUUAUAUAAAUACAAAACAGAAAAAGAUAUUUCUAUAGCUGCUUUUCAUCUUGAAUUAGUACGGCAAAUUUUUCGAAAAUAUCAUAAAAACGAUGUUAGACGUAGCGGUCCUAAAUCUGCGGAUAAAUAUCCUUUGAGACUUACUGGUAGACAUUUCCCAGCGAUUUACACUAACGAGAAAACAAAACGAAAAAGUGCACUGAGAAAGUGUGUUGUUUGUAUUAAGAAUGGUGUUCAACGACAAUCACAUUAUCAAUGUAAAACAUGUGACGUAGGCCUUUGCGUAUACCCGUGCUUUCAAACUUAUCAUACAAAAUUACAUUAUUAAAUUAUAAA